AUGGACGGUGUGCGGUACCAGAUAGAGCAGCUGCAGCACGUCCUCGGGCAGCUAGAUCCGCACCGCAAGCUGGCGCCGGAGGACGCCUCACAGCUGCAAUUGAGCCUUGCGAAAAGCACGGCAAUUGCCCGCCGUGUGGUGGAGCGGCAACACCGCCGGACGUUCCCGAUGCGACUGGCGGGUGCCGGCGCGGAUGCCGGUGGUCGACACGAGCGGCCCACCGUGUCUUCCCCCACCUUCUCUUCCUCAGGCGAAUUGCGCCAGAAGGAGGGGUGUGACGCGUCGCGAAGUGACCUAACGUCUGCGGGUAAGAAUAAGUGGGUUGACGCGACGGAGGCGGUCUCGCUGCACGGUGAGAGAACGAGAGGGGAAGAGUGCCGCCGUGAGACAAUUCGCAGCAUCGCCACGCAGCAUGGGAUUUCUGUGGAUGAGAUUCGUCGCUACAAUCCACAACUAUCGUUUUACAACGAUGAGGAUGUGCUUCCAUACAACACGUACAUUAAGAUGAAGCCGCAACUGAACCGGCGGCCCCACUAUGAAAAUGGCACAGACAAAGCAUCGUCCGGUCAUUAUGCAAAAGAAACGCAACAUCACGCAGAUGACACGGUGUGUGCAGCGCUCCCUAUACCUUUGGCGCCAUUGCCAGCUCUUCAGGAGGCAAAUCUUCACUCUAUGAAUACGAAAUCCACGGUGACACGACGCGAAGAGAGUCCUCUACCCUGUGAGCCUUUUAUAGACUGCGCGGAUUCAAUGAAGGGACUAUUGAUGCAACUACCUUCUAUUUCCCCUGAGGGAUCGUUCUUGGAACGGAAAGAAAAUUAUGUCAGUUACACUACUGCAAGCGAUAUUCAUGACCGUAGCCAUAAAAAAGACGUGAAUUCUGCGAACUGUAUCAAAACACCUGCCAAUGCUUCAGCUUCCGCUGUUUCUUCCACCGCUUUUAGCGUGACGGAGCCUUCAAAGGGCAUGCUGAGUGCUAAAAACUCUGCCGAGAUGAACACAAUGACAUCUGAGGCCGUUCCAAGUAGUCAUCCUUGCGUGUCGAGGAUCAGAAAGCCUCCCCAUACACAGUGCAAGACCAUCGUGUCAUCUUCUAGUAACGAUGCGCUUUUGAAAUAUAGAAAUCGGCCGGGAAUCGACGAUUUUGAUUUUUCCCUUACGACUGAAUCAUCUUCCUUUCACUCCACGCCAACACCCACUCCGAACUUGUCGCCGCAACCGAAUAGAACGAACAUUCAGAUGACAUAUGACGACGCACGGGGGGGCGCAUUGGAGAAUGCAUUAUGCCAACGCUCAGUGCCUUGGCCAACACAUGGGCGGCAGACCCUGAAUUCUGCACCAGAAGAUUUGGUAGAAAAUGGUCUUCUUGAGAGCAAUGAGUUGUCGCCUAUUCCAAAAGCAUCCUACCAGCCUGUCGAAAACUGGGGUGAUUUUGAUACGAUUAAUUCCAUCGCCUUACAGUACAACGUUUCUAUCAAGGACGUUUUGAAGUGGAAUCCUUACUUGUUGGCUUACGGGGCGGAUGAUCCACUGCCAGCCAACUUCCCAAUUUUACUGCCACUUCCACAGCAGGAAUGA